ACAAGGAAGGGCCAAGGCAACAAGGGGAGUCAAACAGGGUCACGACCACUGUGGGCAAGCCUUGCUGCAGAUUGGGAUCAACAUGAUGGCAUUGCCUGGAGGCCGCCACCUGGACUCCAUUCCUCUGCCGGGUCAGCGGCUGCACCUGAUGCCAGCGGACUCGGUCCAGCGCUGGAUGGAGGACCUGAAGCUCAUGACCGAGUGUGAGUGCAUGUGCGUCCUGCAGGCAAAGCCCAUCAGCCUGGAGGAAGAUGCACAGAGUGACCUCAUCCUGGCAGGCGGCCCCGGCCCUGGAGACCCGCUGCAGCUACUUCUCAAGAGGGGCUGGGUCAUCAGCACUGAGCUGCGCAGGAUCGCACAGAAGCUGGCCCAGGACCGCUGGGCACGUGUCCACAGCAUGAGUGUGCGUCUGACUUGCCAUGCCCGCUCCAUGGUCAGUGAGUACAGUGCCAUCAGCAGGAGCUCCUCACAGGAGAUGGGCCAGAUUGAGAAGCUGCUAAUGGAGAAAUGCUCAGAGCUCUCAGCAGUCACAGAGAGGUGCCUCCAGGUUGAGAAUGAGCAUGUCCUGAAGUCGAUGAAGGCCUGUGUGAGUGAGACCUUGAGCACACUGGGCCAGCACUUUGGCCAGCUGCUGGAGCUGGCCCUGACCCGGGAGGUACAGGCGCUCGUGAGAAAAAUCAAUGCCUCAGACAAUAUCUACACCACGGAAUCCACCACCGGGAACCUGUUCAGCCUGACCCAGGAGGGGGCUCCUUUGUGCCGCAUCAUCGCCAAGGAGGGAGGGGUCGUAGCCCUCUUCAAGGUCUGCCGGCAGGAUAGUUUCCGGUGCUUGUACCCCCAGGCGCUCCGCACGCUCGCCUCCAUCUGCUGUGUGGAAGAGGGUGUCCACCAGCUGGAGAAGGUGGACGGCGUUCUGUGCCUGGCCGACAUCCUGACCGAUGACAGCCACUCAGAGGCCACACGGGCUGAGGCUGCGGCUGUGGUUGCCCAGGUCACCUCCCCACACUUGCCCUUUACUCAGCACCUCAGCAGCUUUCUGGAGAGCAUGGAAGAAAUCGUGACUGCUCUAGUCAAACUGUGCCAAGAGGCGUCAUCUGGGGAAGUCUUCCUGCUGGCUUCUGCGGCCCUUGCCAACAUCACCUUCUUUGACACGAUGGCCUGCGAGAUGCUUCUGCAGCUGAACGCCAUCCGUGUCCUCCUGGAAGCUUGCAGCGACAAGCAGAGAGUGGACACACCUUACACCCGGGAUCAGAUUGUGACCAUCUUGGCAAACAUGUCUGUCCUGGAGCAGUGUGCCUCCGACAUCAUUCAGGAGAAUGGGGUCCAGCUUAUCAUGGGCAUGCUGUCCGAGAAGCCAAGGUCUGGAACCCCUGCCGAGGUGGCGGCUUGUGAGCGAGUCCAGCAGAAGGCUGCCGUGACCCUGGCCCGUCUCAGCCGAGACCCAGCUGUGGCACGGGAAGCCGUGCGGCUGAGCUGUAUGUCCCGGCUCAUCGAGCUCUGCAGAUCACCCUCUGAGAGGAACAGCAGUGAUGCCGUGCUUGUGGCCUGCCUGGCUGCUCUGCGUAGACUGGCUGGGGUCUGCCCCGAAGGCCUCCAAGACUCCGACUUCCAGCAACUGGUCCAGCCCCGGCUUGUGGACUCUUUCUUACUCUGCAGCAACAUGGAGGAGAGCUUUGUGUAGGAAGGGUGGGAGAGGAAAGCCGUCCAGCCCUCUUCUCAUGCCCUUUCUGAGUACAUACCUGUCAGCACACCUGAGUACACAUCAGCUCCCUCACCUCCUUAUUUAUACUUAAUUUAUUUUUUACAUGAAAUGGACAGAGGGCUAAAUACUCUAAUAACAUCAGGCAGUCUGUGGUCCUAGGAGUCUUUUUUGUUUUUAUUUUUGACUUCUGUGACUUUUCAGUUGCAGAUGUUGAAAUGCUUAGUGGCUAAUAUGACAGAUUGUCAUGGGUGAUUUCCCUUUAUCUUGCUUUCUCUAUUUUCACUAUGUAACCUUGCCUCACUUUUCCUCCACUUUGGAACCAGAGUAUGUUAACUGCCCAGCAGUCUUUUGGCUUUCUUAUUUUUUAA